AACUUCGCGCUUAGGGAAGUCGCUUGUUAUGAGAUACUUUUUUUAAUGUUAUUUAUUUAAUUUGUAAGAUUGACUUCUAUUUUCAUGUGAAAAUUAUGGGAAAUAUAUUUAAGUUUUAUCGUCAAAAGUUAGCAAUCGAUAAUAGCUAUACUUUAGUGUAUGUAAAAUUUUUUUAUUGCGUAUGAAAUGCUUGUAUUACAUAAAAGUAAGGAGAAUGGCAAAUUUUAAUUUUAAUUAUAUAUAAUAAUUAUAUAAUUUUUCGACGAUUGUAUUUGAAAUAACUGUGUCAUUUCAAAAUACAAAUAAUCUAACAACAAGACUAGGAGUCAAUCACAAAUACAUCAAUCUUAUACACUUAUUAUGAAAUGAAAUAGCCACAAAAUACAAAACUUGAACUUUUUAAGUACUGAUAUUUCUUGAGUACCCUGAAUAACUCUGUUACAAAGCUACCACGCCUUGUAAUUUCAUAGUUAUUCAAUCUAAUCUUCAUCAAAUUUGAUUUUAAAAGAAGACAUUCUCCAGACGUCUGAAAAGAUAUAUAAAGACGUCUAUUAAACAUGUCUAAGACGUUCAAUAUUCGCCUUUCAGACAUGCGUGUUCUCUAGCAGAUUUCACUUCAAAAGUAAUAAAUUCGUGAUAGUAUCAAAUGCGCUUAUUAGUUUCACAGAAACACAUAUUAGAAGCCUAUCCCAUAAGAGAUAACUUUAUCCAAUAUGUUAUGUGUCUUUUUUUUUAAUUUUAAGUUGUAAGAACUAUUUGAACAAAAAAUUAUUAAAAAAUGCAAAAUAAUAUUAAAAUAAUUUUGGACGGCUUGAAGGCUCCUCUGGAAUCACUGUAGGUACGAAAAUUCACGAUAAAAUCAACGUAUACCAGUAUGGCUAGACACCGGAUGGCCCGCCGCCAGCACCCGUCGUCGGCAUGGCAACUUCGUCGGGACACGACGGCACAACAAAUAUGAAUUGCGCCCGAGGCGGUCGCGAUUGUUGCCUGACGCUGAUUGCAAUUUCUUUUGCGACCCUCGCGAGUGCGUUCCACGCGAACAACAAUGAGGUGCUCGAGUACUGGGAUCCGGAUGCGUGCAAAUACGACGAACACUUCGACGCAGUGUUCCUCUCCUGCUCGCGAUGCAACGCCAGCCGGAAUCUCGUGCCGGCCGUGGACCAUCUCCGGUGUCGGUGCGACGAGGUCAGCAGGACGAUCGGUUUCGAGAACGGUAGCCCGCUCUGCGCCGCUUGCGGUCCCAACAUGACCGCGACCGUCGAUGGAAAGGAUUGCAUCCUGCGCCCGAAUGCAACAUGCAAAUGCUCUUCGAAUCAAAUAAGACUGGACAGAAAUGUAAAUGGUGCACUGCUGGAUACUGUGCUCUGCGUAACCUGCAUCGAGGGCACGUAUCCGUCUCCCGAUUGCUCGAAAUGCUUGCCGUGUGGCGAAUACAAUGGUCACGUUAAUUGCAUGUGCCCAAGCACGACGCACGUGAGACUACGGAAUUAUUGUGUGCACAAAGACGACGUCGCCGACUGGCCGGACAUCAGGGGCACGUACCUGAUGAAGUUCCGCAGCGGAAACGUCGACAGUUAUUAUCUGAGAAGCGAGCUGCAAGUCGCGGUGCACCUCUGCAAGAUGAAAGACAGGAUGGCGUGCGAGCAUUUGUCAAACAUUUGCGUCCUGACCCUUUACAGCGACGGUGUAGCUUGUAUGUUUUUUAUGCACACGCCCAUGGCACCCGUAUGGUUGUUUUACAAUAGACAAGAUGCAGCAGCGGUGAUGAACAACACGAGGAUAUCUGAAAGAUACAGCCUCAGAAAAGGAGACAAUAAUACUUUCCUCGAUUUCACGAUCGCGAGAUUUGCAUUAAACGGCAAAUUUUUGUCCAUCGGCAGACCUACGCUGCCAUGCCAAUUUUUAAGAAACGUGAGGUUCGGCGUAAAUUUCAACAAAAGGUGUAAAACCACCGCUGCUGAAUUGUUCAAUACACAAAUAGAAUUGCUGUCUCCUUACUUAACAUUCAGAGAGGACAAUAAAUCAUUUAUACAUGCGUUACCCAUAAUCGUUAAGUCACCAGAUCAGAAUAUUAAAGAAAUUUCGGGUCAGCAACUGGUGCGAAAAUUCUUUCUAGUCGACAAUAUAAGCGGUUUCAAAGCGUUAUCUGCGUUUACGAAAAACGGAUUCAUGAAAGCGUCGACGCUAUCCACGCUUCGUUAUAUGAAAUCUCUGACUAUUUUAGUGAACGUUCAGAAUGGACAAGCUCACGGCAAGAUUUUCGCGCCCAUUCUGAUCGUGGAAUACGACGAGCUGAGGUAUCAAAAUCUCCUCGACAACUCCGACGUCACAAUAGAUUAUAAAGUCGCAUUUGUAUUGAAAGAUAACGAUAUAGAUUAUAAUAUUCAGAUAACUAUCGGAGUGUUUACUGGAAUGGCAUUGAUAUUUUCCAUUAUCAAGGCAUGGAGUUAUUAUAAACGCAAUUACAACAGCAAUCUCAGCGUAGCUGUUUUACUGUGGUUUCUGAUCUACGCCAUGGGUGCAGUUGGGAACGCAAUCACAUUUGUGUGCAUCAGUACGUGCGUGUAUCUCUUCAUCUUUUACAAAGGUCAAACUGUGCCGUAUGUUCUUCUUCCCGAUGAAGAUAGCGAAGGAAAUAUCCGAACGUAUAUUAUCGUAGCAUUUAGCUUUAAAAUUGCAGAAAUGAUAGGGUUCAUCUAUCAGCAUUGGGGUUUGAGCGUGUUCUUCAUCGAUUGGGAACAACCGAGGACGAUACACGAUCAACCGAAGUACGACUCCCCGCAUACUUCUUUACGGAAAUUGUAUUCCAACAGAUUUCCGAAGGGUGAGAAUAAAUCUUCGAGAAUAACGUCGGACAUCAUCGCGUCCAAGCGAAAGAGGAGGAAUACGAACAGGAAUGCAAGCCCCAGUGAAAUGUCAAAGUCUUCUUCAAUCGAAAAAUACUCGCCGGAUUUCUCUUCUGUCUGUUCGAUUGCGAGAUCGCCUUUGCAAGACACGACCGAGCGUGGGCAUACGCAUGAUUUCCCGAUCAGCGUUUGGAGAACUUAUUACAUCGCGAACGAGUGGUGUAAACUGCAAACCAGAAGAAGGAUAAAUAUAACAUUGCAAUCGAUUUACACUCUGUGUGUCUUGCAGAUAUUCAAUUUGGAAUCGUGGAUGCUGACAAUACCAGAAUCGACUGCCGCGGGCAGAUCUCCCCAAGCGGAGAACAAUUUUACGCUGCAGUUCGCGAUUUGUACGUUCGUGUACAUAAUCGUGUAUCUCGCGCAAUGGUUGAUCCGCUUUAUAUUUUACGAGAGAUAUAUUAGAAACAGACUACACAAGUUUGUAGAUCUAUGCUCGAUCGCAAACAUCAGCGUGUUCAUCUUGGCGCACAAUUAUUAUGGCUUUUAUAUCCAUGGAAGAUCGGUACAUGGAUUUGCGGACACUGAUCUUCCUACUCUGAUAAACGACCUGAAAAAGGAAGAAGAUGAUUUGUGUGCGCACAGAGGUCUGGUACCCGGCACGACCGACCAGACUUUUAUAUUAUCGUUGACCGAAUCGUUCAAAUCGUUAUAUGACGAACUCAUGAGGCAAAGGAACAAUGGAAGCAUAGGAAUUUUGAAAGAAAAUGACACACCUAGAAAUUGGAAACAAUUAUUUGAAACCAGGUCAAAAGUUAGACUUUUUUUAAUGCAGUUCCUGGAUCAUAGCUCGGAAAAUGAAGAUUACAUAAUCAAGGAACAGCACAUAUUAGAGAAGCUAUGGGAUAUUUUUUUCAUUGAUGCCAAAGACAAAUCCGUCUUCUACAUUGAUAACAGUUAUUCUUUCAACAAAGUAGUUCUUCACGGAAACGAAUGGUUACUGAUGACCUUCGAGAUUACCGUAUUCGCCUUCUUUUUGACGUUAUAUAACUCUUAUACUUUCGCCUGUAUAGCGACGGUUAUCAUAUCGCAAUUCUUCUUAAUAAUCAUUAAAUGCAAUGUUAAAAGAAAUGUUUGCAACAAAUCGUUAUUGGAUAAGAGAUUCCUAAUGUAACCAUAAAAAAUAAAUGAAUAACAGUAAUUAAAACAGAUAUUGAAAUUGA